CAUCUAGUUUCAGAAUUCUCUGAAAUACAAGGAUUUCCCUGUUACUUACCGAGGAUCAAACAAUUUACAUGGUAUUCAUGGCUGCUUCUAAUGAAGAAAUCAAACCGAACGAAGCUAAGAAAGUGGUUCCACUUCACACGUGGAUGUUAAUCUCCCAUUUGAAACUGUCUUACAACUUGCUCCGGCGACCGGACGGCACACUCCGAAGAGAACUGGCCGAGUUUCUCGACCGAAAAGCCGUAGCAAACAUGGUUCCGGUAGAUGGUGUGUACUCGUUCGAUGUAGUGAACCGCACCACCGGUUUGUUCAACCGGGUUUACAAACCUGCUCCACUGGACAACGGUUCACUCCAUCGGCUUGCAACUGGUAUCUUGGAUUUUGAAUCACCACUUAGUAGUAGUGAAAUCGUACCGGUUAUAAUAUUCUUUCACGGCGGAAGCUUCACCCAUUCGUCCGCCAACAGUGCUAUUUACGACACGUUUUGUCGGCGGCUCACUAGAGAUGUACAAGGGGUUGUUGUGUCGGUAAACUACAGGCGGUCACCCGAGCAUAGGUACCCUUGUGCUUAUGAAGAUGGGUGGGAAGCUUUACAAUGGGUUUGUUCUAGAUCAUGGCUUGUGAGUGGUAAAGGACGUAAAGUGUAUGUAUAUUUAGCUGGGGACAGCUCUGGUGGGAACAUUGCUCACAAUGUGGCCCACCAGGCUGUGGUUUCGGGUGUAGAAGUGUUGGGAAACGUUUUGUUGCAUCCGUUGUUUGGUGGGGAAAAGCGUACCGAAUCGGAGAGGAGAUUGGAUGGAAAAUAUUUUGUGAAGUUGGAAGAUAGAGAUUGGUAUUGGAGGGCGUUUUUGCCCGAAGGCGAAAAUAGAGAUCAUCCGGCGUGUAAUGUGUUUGGGCCGCGUGGUUGUGAUCUUGCGGGUAUUAAGUUUUCGAAAACUUUGGUGGUUAUUGCUGGGCUUGAUCUUGUACAAGAUUGGCAGUUGGAGUAUGUUGAAGGGUUGAAGAGGUUCGGGCAUGAUGUGAAGGUUUUGUUUCUGGAGAAAGCGUCGAUCGGGUUUUAUUUUUUUCCGAAUAAUGAGCAUUUUUGUAAGUUGAUGGAGGAAAUGAAGAGGUUUUUGAAAGGUUGAUUGAACAUUAGGGGAUGAAGAAGGUAUGUACAUAUAUACAUGAGAGUGUUUUGAUGUUUUUAGUAAAGGGGGAUUGGUUUUUGUGAGUA